AUGACUGGCUGUCAUCAUCAGCAGAACAGAAAGAUUCGACGAACAUGGGCCAUCGCUCAGCAGGAUGUUCCACAACGCGGUCCACAGCAAGGACUGCAACAGGGGCCGCCGCAGGGUCCGCAGGACCCACAGCCGACGCAGCACAGUCUACAAAGUCCAAAGUUCGAGCGCAAUUGGAUGCUGCUGCAGCUCCACACACAGCUGAACAGGAAAAGCAACAUUGGCUAUCCCUUCACGGAUCCAACCAGCUUCCACAUGGAUUUGCGCGCACUAAUGCAGCGCAGCGAUGAGAUGAGAGAGUCGAAUGACGUGGAUGACGACAAUCUGGAGUCGGGGGUCAGCCCAGAAAAGAGCACCAUCUCGAUGAGCGAGUUGGACAGCGAUAUACAUGAGCGCAACCAGCAAUUGUUAAAGGAAAAUGCUGCUUUGCGCAGCGAGCUGAAGAAACUGCAGGGUCUUGAAGACGAGCUUCAGCAGCGAAAACAUAAAUUAAAGAAAAUGGAGAUGGAGACGAGGGAUGCGGAAGAAGAUAUGCAAAUACUCGCCUCCUCCGCCACUAUGGCUCUCAAACUGCUGUGCACCAAAGAAGAUGCCAAUGCGAAGAGCCAAUUCUUUAAGACCUUGUUCAGUCCGUUGGGUCAGGACGAGAAAGAUUUGGCGCAAGUGGAGAAGCUUGACACGAUGUUCGAUACGCUAUUGCGUGACUCCAUCAAUGGCUAUAAGCAAAAACAACGCGACCUGGUGGUGCAGGAAGUUAGCGUAAAGUACGACAAUGUUGUCGCCGACUCCAUCGAGCAUUAUGGCAAGAUUAUGGAGCGAAAACUCGUCGCCCAGGAAAAAGAGCUGGCCCAGUCCGCCCUGAGGUACCUGGAGGUGCUCCGCAAGCACUUCGUCUGGAAGUACAUGGGCAACGACAGCACAAAGGAGGCUGUCCUCAAGUUCUUGAAGCGGAGCUGCCAGCAGAUGUCGGAGAUUUUGUAA